AUGGAGAUGCUGGAGGAAAUGCAGGCGGAGGCUGAGGUUCGGGAAGCUUUAUAUGGUCAGACUGACGAGAUAUCGGACAUGUUCGAAGGUCUCGCGGUAUAAUUUUAAGAUAUUAAAAUCGGCAGAAUCAACACUUUAAAGACAAAUUUUUUGUAAUAUAAAUAAAAGGACUUCGUCCGAAGGUCCUAGAACUUUGGACGCCUUAUGGACUUAAGCCCUUUGUGUCCAUUGUUUUUCCAAAUCCUUUGGAUUUUGAAAUUGACUCUGGCUUUACCCUACAGGCAAGGUUCUCCAGAACGAUUGUUUCUCCAAAAGGAAAAAAAAAAACAAAAUCAACUUUUGUUUUACUUCGCAGAUAAAUUUUUACUUAAUAUAAACAAUGGAAACUGUGGGCUUAAGUCCGAACGAUUUCCGAUAUUCAGACCAUUUGUCCGAACUUAUUGAAAGUAUGAAGUACGAUGCCUUGGAGCAGGCGAAAAAAGAUACGGAGAAGCGACGGAGGAAAGCGAAAAGGGAGUACAGGAAGACACAAAGGUUCAUUGAGAAAGAGGACCUCAGGAGACAGAUCAAAAUUAACAAGGAUUUUGAUAAACUGCUUAAGCAGGAGAAAAGGACAACGACCGAAAGAUUGAAAAAGGAGAUCAAGAGCACCGCGGAUCAGUUCCGCAAACGCAGAAAGCAGAUUAAGAUCAACGCACGGAAGGCGACAAGGGAGGCAAAGACAUGGGGUAGAGAGAUUGGGAAGGAGGAGAAGAAACGGCGGAAAGGGGUUUUACACUGGAAGGUCGAAGCCCGGAAGUGGAAGAAGGAAUCGCAAAGGUUGAGGAGGAACGAGAAAGCACGGGAGAGACGUGCUGAGCAGAACUGUAGGAUUGAAGAGGAUAGGUGGAAAGGCAAGAAGUUUGGUCAGCUUCAGUUAAAACUGGAGGACAAGCUGAGUAAGACUUGGGGCAAACGAAGUAAAUUGAGUUUCACCCCAGUCAUUACAGACAUCAAGCACGCACGCGGCAAAACGGUAAGUGAGUACACGAUUUCCGUGACCGCUCCGCUAACCCAUAAGCAGGUCCUGUCCCUGUCGAAGGAGGAGGUUUUGAAACUGAUCGAGUCCGUGAAGAGAUUCGGUUAGAAUGCAUCAAGAAAAAGACGGAUCCUAUCACGGGAGAGGUCACGACGGACAGCUAUUAUCCAAGUAGUUUUACAUCCAACAUCUUUCCUACAACCAACAUCUCGGAAAAGUACGACGAAGCGUCGGAAAAGAUUUCAAACGACAUUUCCGAAUUUCAGAAGAACGGCUCCGGAUGGACUUUGAAGAAGGUUGUAAAGAUGAAGUAUCAGAUUGUGAGGGGAGCCGGGUUUUCGGAACUUCCCAGAUUCAUUACCAACAAGAAAACGAUUAUCAACAUAAAAAAUGAAGACAAUAUGUGCUUCAAGUACGCAGUUACCCGUGCAUUACAUCCGGUGGAGAGUGUAAACUUGCACGUUUUAUUUGAAACUAGCUUUAUUGAAAAUAUGUUACAAUAUGGCGGCUAUG